AUGGAUCCGCAACGCACCCUUACGGUUCCCGCCAUUGCCUUCAGAUGCCCGGACGACUCUGAUUGCUCGGUCAAUACGACCGUCGACGCUGAGAAGGCGCGCUCCAUAUCCGAGGGCUCGAAGAUCACCCCUCAAGUCGGCCAGGAGAGCAAGGCAGACACCCCGGACGAGCUUUGGGCCGUCGACCCCAUCAACCCUCGUAACUGGUCGACGGGGAAGAAGUGGGCGUCUGUUUCUAUCGUCGCACUCUACACAUUUAUCCCCCCUCUCACGUCCUCCAUGAUGGCGCCAGGUCUCCCCAACGUCGCCGCCGACUAUCACAUUGAUAACUCCACCAUUCUCGCGCUUACCCUGAGCAGCUUCGUUUUGGCUUUGGCUAUAGGCCCCCUCGUCAUCGGCCCCUUGUCCGAGCUUUACGGUCGCAAGUGGGUCUUGCAUAUCGCCAACUUCCUCUCGUUGGCGUUCAACCUUGGAUGCGCCUUCGCACCGACCACGUCGGCCCUCAUCGCCCUGCGCUUCUUCAGUGGCCUCUCCGGCUCAGCCCCUAUCGCCAUCGGUGGUGGCUCCAUAGGCGACCUCUUCAAUGAGAAGGAGCGCGGAAGCGCGAUGGCUCUCUAUACCCUCGGUCCCCUCCUCGGACCCGUCAUCGGCCCCAUCUGCGGUGGCUUCAUCGCGCAAAGCAUCGGCAUCAAAUGGGUCUUCAUCAUCAUCGCCAUCCUCAACGGGGUCGCGUCCGUCAUCGGCCUCCCCAUCCUCCGCGAGACGUACCACCCGUACCUGCGCAUGCGGCAGGCCAUCAAGAAUGGCGUGGAUUCGGAGAAAUUUAUGGGUCAGGGCUCGGGGAUGGGCGUGUACGGGGAGAAGAAGGGCAAGCUGUUCUGGGUUAGCAUCGCGAGGCCGGUGCAUUUGCUAUUCGGGGAUAUCAUCUGCUUCACGUUGUCGCUUUACAUGGCUUUCAUGUAUGGGAUCUACUACCUCAUGUUCGCGACAUUCCCUGGCUUCUUCUCCUCGACCUAUGGCUUCAGCGUCGGCAUCGAUGGCCUCGUCUACAUCGGGCUCGGCGUCGGCUUCUUCCUCUCAACCAUCGUCGGUGCAAAGUUGGGCAACCGGGUGUAUGAGCAUCUCUCCAACAAGCUGAACAACGGCAUCGGCAAGCCCGAGUACCGCAUCCCGUCGCUCAUCUUUGGUUCCCUGUUCGUCCCGGUCGGUCUUUUGUGGUACGGCUGGUCGGCGCAGGCGAAGAUCCACUGGAUCAUGCCCAUCAUCGGCUCUGCGAUCUACGGCUUCGGGCAGAUGCUCACAUACUUCCCGAUCCAACUCUACCUCGUCGACACGUUCACGUACGCGGCGAGCGCGGUGUCGGCUGCGGCGUUCUUCCGCUCCCUCUUUGGCUUCGCCUUCCCGCUCUUCGCGCAGGAUAUGUUCAAUGCGUUGGGCCUCGGCGGUGGGAUGUCAUUGUUGGCUGGCGUCGCCAUUGUCCUCGGCAUUCCGUUCCCGAUCUUCCUUUGGUACAAGGGUGAGGCGCUGCGUGCGCGGAGCUCUUUGGCGCGGUGA